GUCUGAGGCCUGAGGGCGGGACUCGAUCUAUGACGCUGAGGGAGUGACGUCAACGAGAUGAUAAGUAGCCGUCCUGCAGGCGGUGUGUGUUGCGUCUGUGUGUGAAGUCAGUCAGGGAGGAGACCGAACCCACAAACAACAAGUGGACCAGCAGGUUUGUGCCAUGGAGGUCAGCGCAGAGGCCAAGAGGAUCAUGGUGGUGGCUUUGGGGAAGCUGUACAGCUCCCGCACCCAGAGAGGAGGUCUCCGUCUCCACCGGAGCCUCCUCCUGACCCUGGUGAUGAAGUCCGCCCGGGACAUGUACCACGAGGCUCAGGCAGGACGGCAUGCUCAGCAAUCCCCAUCCGAGGAGGUCCCAGAGCCUCGGACCGGACCCCUGGAGGAGGUCGUGGACUCCGGCUCCGUGCGUAAUUACGCACGGGAGGACAAGGAGAACCGGUGCCCGAGCAGCCCGGCACCGCACUCCAGGAAGAGAAGAGGCAAAGCGGCCACGGAGCCGGACUUUCUGCCCUGCAAGAAGGCUAGACUUGAGCAGACCCUCCUGCUGGGCUAUGGGAGCUGCAGCAGCGGACUGGGAGCGCUCCCCUCCCCCAUCAUGCCUCUCCACAGAGCCGUCGCAGCCUGUUAAACCCAGGGGAAAGGCAAUGCACUUUAUGACACAGCCUGGGAGCCUGAACUCUCCAGAGGGGUGGUUUUGGAUCAACACCCGGGCUGGUGCGUUCUGAGGAGCCCCGAGCAGGACCAGGACCAGGUCUGGGGAUGCUCCAGGAGCCCGGCUGGUGCACAGCAGCAGCCCCGGUGACUUUUGGCCUAAUUACUGGGCCACAGCUCCCAGUAACAGGCUUGAGCUGGGAGGGGCGGGACCAGAGGCAGUGGUUCAUCCGGCUGCCUUAAUGAACAUGUACUGCUCAACAAAUGUGACAUUUUGUUAGUGUGGGGACCAGUGCUGGAUGGAGAGUGGGAGUGUGUUGGGAGGAAUUCACAUGUAAAGCAUUCAAUGACUACCUCAGUAUUUAUUAAACAUGUUUGUA